ACUUCCGUAAAUAGACGCAGACGAGUUGUGUAUCAGAUUCAUCGAGAAGCCAGAGACAGAGCGGUGGACAGGCGAGAGUUCUUUAAAUAUUAUCCGACAAGUGGCUCCCACAGACCCCCCAGAGCUGACCUCUUUAUCCAGUCCACCGGUGGUCAUAACUGGUUUGUGGAGGAUGCCCAAGGAAUCCAAUGAAUCAUCCAGUGAGGCGAACAAGAAGAUGGACAGUAAAGGGCCAGAUGACUCCACAGAGCAGACAGAGGCAUCGGAAGAGAUGCUGCGUAAGAGGAUUAGAACAAAUACACCAAGCCCUCACCGACUGACUCCACAGUCUAGCCCACCCAAGUUUGUGUCUAUGGAAGAGCUAAUGGAGACUGCUAAAGGAGUGACUAACAUGGCAUUGGCUCAUGAGAUUGUGGUGAAUGGUGGCUUUCAGGUUAAACCCACUGAGCCUGCUGAAGGAAGCUUAGAGAAACGUGUUAAGGAAAUCAUGCACAAGGUAUUCUGGGAUUCUCUUGAGGCACAGCUGAAUGAGGACCCCCCUGUCUUUGACCACGCCAUCCAACUGGUUGGGGAAAUUAAGGAGACCCUGCUGAUGUUCCUGAGGCCGGGGCAAACUCGGUUGAAGGGGCAGAUUGAGGAAGCACUGGACCUGUCCCUCAUCCAGCAGCAGGCUGAGAACGGAGCGCUGGACAUCAGCAAGGUGGCUCAGUUCAUCAUCAGCAUGAUGGGAGCUUUCUGCGCACCUUGCAGAGACGAAGACGUCCGAAAGCUUCGGGACAUCACUGACAUUGUGCCCCUUUUUAAGGCUAUUUUCGCAGUUCUGGACAAGAUGAAAAUUGACAUGGCCAACUUCGCCAUCACUAGUCUCCGUCCUCACCUCCUGCAGCAGUCAGUGGAGUAUGAGAGGCAGAAGUUUCAAGAUUUUCUGGACAAACAGCCCAAUGCUUUAGACUUCACUCUGAAAUGGCUCCAGGAAACUGCAGACUCGCUCAAAGAAAGUCAGGGAGGAGCAGCAAGUGAUUCUAGUUCUUCCUCUCAGCUGGCGCUCAGCGUGCAUAAUCAGGCCUAUUUACGGCUGCUCAACUGGGACCGUAGCACAGACUCCUUCCCUGAGACUGCUCUGAUGGACAGGGGCAGGUUUCUGGAGAUGCAGCUGGAGCUUGAGCGCCUGGUGCUGGUGGCGGCUGUGCUUCUCAUUGUGUAUAACAGUGCGGGAGAGGCCAUCUCUGGCCUGCCAGGCCUCAUGGACAGGCUUAAGAAUACCAUGAAAAUCCUGCUUGCAGACAUGCACACACCGUCAUUCAAACUGGAUGAAGCAUUCUCUUCAAUUGGAGAGAAGCUGUGUUUGGAGCUAGGAGAAUGCCUGUCUCAGCAUGGAUUCUCACCCUUCCACACGGACAGACAGAGUGCCCUCAAAGGCCAAGUAGCAGCUGUCCAGUCUGCAGACAACCCCAUCCGUAAACUCAUCGAUUCUCGGAUUCAGGCCUAUCUCCUGUGCUUCCUGGAGUCAAGCCAACAUAAGACCCCCCCAACAAUUCCUGGAGGUCUGGCACCUGUCAGUAAAGAGCUGGAGGAGCUUGGCGUCAAACUGAGCCGCUUGGUUAACUUCAACAAGCUUGUCUUUUCUCCGUUCUACCAGAAGAUCCUACAGGACAUAAUUCAGCCCAGAGAAAGCGCAGACACCUAAGCUGUUUGCCUGAACUGAUGGUUAGAGUGAACCAUGCAGUCUACGUAGGGUCAUAGGAACAACUGUGUUAGUGGAAUUGCUGAUUAUCUCUCCCCAAAGCUCACCUGCUGUCAACGCUGUCUAGGAAUUUAUGUCACAGAAACAUUUCUGACCUCUUGUCACUGCAUUUAAUAUCAGGGAUCUUUAGAAAUGCAUCCAGACAUGGUGUUUGGCUCAGAUGAGGUUUGAUGAUGAAGUGUUCCUGGAAAAUAAACUAACCCCCCAACCCCUUUUUUUUUUUUUUUUUUUUCUUUUUUUGGAAAAUGUUUUUUGAAAAUUAUUUUUAUUGUUAAUUUAAUUUUGUUUUAAAAUGUCACCAUAAUGGGCCCCUUUGAAAGCAGUUGAAAGAGUUGGGGGGAUCCUUUAUUUGUUUAAAUGGCAUUAGGAUUUAAAAAUAAAUUGGUUUCCAUCAUGAAAUGGGAGUCACUGAUUGAUACAGUAUCUGUCGCUUAAGAAGCUGUUGUUACUUUGGUGGCUUUUCAAAAUUCCUGCAUUCUUUAUUUUGUAAAGAAUUAAGAACAUAAACAUGUUAGAAACCUUAAGGUAAAGUACUGUAGUUGUCCUGAACAAGACCAAUGAUUGAUUGUUUGAGUUAUUAAUUGAUUGAUGCCCCUUUUAUUAAAACAACUACUUGAAUUUUAAUCAAAUACAUUUAAUUUCACUUUUAAAAUCACAUAUUCGAGUUUACUGACUCCACAUCUUAGAUUUGAGCAUUACUGAGGCUGGUGUUUAUGGUAUAAUAGUGUUAAAUAAGCCUGGGUUAGGAGGUGAGGUAAAUGUGUGGGGGGAAAUGACUGGUGCCUUACUGUGUCUGGAGUGCCAGCCUCGGUUAAACGCAUACUGUCCUUUUCUCAGUUUAGAUGCAGCUGUUUUUAAUUGUCCCAUUGUUGCCAGAACACCUAGCAUAAUCUUUUUAAACAACUUCUUUCCUAUAUACAAUGCUUUUAUUGAUGCUAAGCAUGUUUUGCAAAAAAGGUCGUUUUCACAGUACUAGAAAAUCUGUUUGUCACUGUCACGCUCUGUUACAAUGCAGUAUUGAGAGUAUGAGAGAGAGAGAGAGAGAGAGAGAGAGAGAGAUUAUAUCACUAACUGAAAGAAUGAAAGGCAUUCUGCCCCUGUCCAUAUUUACAUCCUUCAAAGUAUUUAUGAGGGGGCUACGCUAUGAUAGAUGGUGACCUGGCAUUUUUAACUGUAUUUUAAUAUAUUCCAGUAGCAUACUCAGCGCUUUUAUGCAUCCAGAUAUUGUGUCCAACUUGUGUGUGUAGAUGGGAAACAUUUACAGCAUUAAGCUUCUAUACGCAACUCUACACUGUAUAGAUGAUGUUGCUCCUCAUCAUUGUGUACAGUAAAGGUUGUUUUGUUAUGUGUCAAUUUACAGCUUUAACCUGACAGAUUUCCUGAAUAAACAGGACUGCAACCA